AUGCAGUAUGUCCAAAGAGUGUGGGUUGGGAGAAGAACGCUAAAGGUGCGAUGGGACCUCGAAGUGUCAAUCUCAGUGAAUGCAUGGACCCUAAAAGGCUUGCCGAGUCUUCUGUCGAUCUCAACCUGAAGCUGAUGCGUUGGAGGCUGGUCCCGUCUCUGGAUCUGGAUAAGGUCGUGUCCACAAGGUGUCUGUUGCUGGGAGCUGGGACUCUGGGCUGCAAUGUGGCAAGAACACUGAUGGGCUGGGGUGUGAGACACAUCACUUUCGUGGACAACGCGAAGAUCUCCUACUCGAACCCAGUGCGGCAGCCGCUCUACGAGUUUGAAGACUGUCUGAGUGGAGGGAAGGCUAAAGCUCUCGCCGCGGUGGACAGACUGAAGAAGAUCUUUCCUGGCGUGAAUGCAGAGGGCUACAACAUGAGCAUCCCAAUGCCAGGCCACCCAGUGAACUUCUCUGAGCUGACAAUGGCUCAAGCCCGGCAGGAUGUGGAACAGCUGGAGAAGCUUAUCUCUGAACACGAUGUGGUCUUCCUGUUGAUGGACACUCGUGAGAGCCGCUGGCUUCCGACCGUCAUCGCUGCUAGCCAGAGAAAGUUGAUAGUUAACGCUGCUCUGGGAUUCGACACGUUUGUGGUAAUGAGACACGGCCUUAAGAAACCCAAAGAGUCUCAGUCUGAAGAGUCCAGCCCCAUGUCUGCUUCCUCCAACUCCUCAUGUUCCUCCACACCAGCAGCCACCAUCACACCAGGAGCAUCUCUAUUCUCCAACAUACCUGGACAUCGUCUCGGCUGCUACUUCUGUAAUGACGUGGUCGCCCCUGGGGACUCUACCAGAGACAGAACUCUAGACCAGCAGUGUACUGUGAGCCGUCCCGGUCUGGCCAUGAUCGCUGGAGCCCUGGCCGUGGAGCUGAUGGUCUCUGUACUCCAGCACCCAGAGGGAGGUUAUGCUGUGGCCAGCAGCAGUGAUGACCGGAUGAAUGAACCCCCGACCUCGCUGGGUCUCGUCCCCCAUCAGAUUCGAGGAUUCCUGUCAAGAUUUGACAACGUUCUUCCUGCAAGUUUGGCGUUUGACAAAUGCACAGCAUGCUCACAGAUAGUUCUUGACAAUUACGAGCGAGAAGGUUUCCAGUUCCUCGCGAAGGUCUUUAACUCAUCCCAUUCCUUCCUGGAGGAUCUGACGGGCUUGACUUUACUCCAUCAGGAGACUCAGGCAGCUGAGAUCUGGGACAUGAGUGAUGACGAGAGCAUUUGAAGGCCUCUGGACCAAACCGCUGGAGACCCCAAAUGAAGCUCCUUUAACUGGCUGUGAUGUUCCUGUCAGCUCAUCUGUUCUCUUAUAUUCAUUUUCAGACACUGUUAACUGCAUACAGUGACCUCACUGCACUUGUUGAAAUACUUGUCUUAACCAUUCACGUAAAAUCUCAUUAUAGCUGUGUCAGGAAAGAUGGCAGAAUUAAAGCGAUGCAAAUAAUCCUGCUGUGAACUGCUCUGGUCUAGAUAUCCAGUCUAGUGUUGUUGUCUUAAAAGGAUAGUUCACCCAAAAAUGAAAAAAUGAGAUGUCAUAAUUGACGCACCCUCAUGUUGUUCCAAAACACAAACACACAUUGUUCAUAUUAGAAACACAAAAGUAGUAUUUUUUCCCCCCAUACUAUGGAAGUCGAUGGCUACCAGCAACUGUUUGGUUAUCAACA